AUGAAAAAGUGGAUUAUCGCUUUAAAAGAAACAAAUUGGGAACCAAACAUAUGGAAUAAAGUUUGUUCAGUACACUUUCUGGAUUCAAAUUUCUAUGAGACAAAAAAAGGACUGCGCAAAUUAAUAAAUACCGUUAUCACAUCGCUUUUUCUUCGUCCAUCAACACCUGAUCAUAAUCAAGAAGCGGCGUUAUUGAAUUCUGGCAAAGUAAGUGUACCUUUCGAAAAACACGAACCAUCUACUUCAAACGACAUGCAGAUCGAUCCAGAAGUGCCUCCAGACGUAUGUACACUUCUUCCAAAUGUAGGCGAUACCCCAAGAAAACUAAAAUUGAAAAAAGAAAUUGUUCGAUUGGAAGACACAGCUAAACGUCGCAGAUUGCGAUGCAAUGUGCUCUAUACAACACGUCGGCGUUUGAAAAAGAAAGUUGAAAAUUUGUCGCAAGUACUCAAAGAGUUGAUAGAAAAGAGAUUAAUUACUCAAGAGCAGGUUGACCUUCUAGCAUCGUGUGGACUUUCUGCAGCAGCUCUCAUUAAGAGAAUGAUAAGUAAAGGCAAGGAAUAUUCACCAGAGCUCCGCACAUUUUCGCUAACACUCCACUUUUAUUCUCCGAAGGAGUACAUUUAA